AAACCGAACAGUAGGUGGCGCAAUAGCUGCAUAAUUGGUACGAAGUUCAAACUUCAACUCGAAGUUCAAGUUCGAAUUCAUUCGAUUUCUCGUCUAACUAAGUAUGGCUACAAGUUCCGGAGGUGCACAGAAGGACAAUAAGUUUCAGUUUAGGGAGCUGGAUAGGAUAUGUGCGUCUUUAAAGAACAGUGAGGUGCAAGAUUUGCUGAUGAAAUGGGGAAUGAAGGGUCGGAUGUUUGUGCAGUAUUUCAGCUAUGACCAAUUAUUUCAAGCUUAUCAGAAGGAUGACUUUAUUUUGGAUUUCUUCAAAGACCCCAUUGUCAUGGCAACCCUAGGUACACUAUCAGACAGUGGAUCUUGGGGUCCUCCUGGAUUCGCAGCAGAGAAGGUGGAGGUUGUGCAAGUUCCUUGUUCUGUGACCUCGAUGACCUUCUUUGAUCGUCUAGAGGGGGAGGAGCUUGUGAGAGAAGGUGGCCGCAUCGUCAAGUGCUUUGAUGAGUUUUACGAGGAUUUCACGAUAUCGGAUGAAGUCAGAAAGAUGAUUCUCCUUGAAGAUUCUGAUAAUUACGAGGUCUACUCUGAGCUGGAGAGGGAGCAGUUUCUCUUCCGCCUCUUUGAGCAUCUAUGUCUUGGUGGAUCUCUGUGCCAGUAUGAGGAUAGCAUCACACCCUACCUGGAUACCACUAAACUACUCUACAAAGAUCUUGUCAGUGUCCAGAAGGAUUCAUCCACCAAAGAACUGAGGGUCAUAUCCCAUGUAUUCAAGGUGAAAGCAUGGGAUAAAGACAAUUACCAGUUUUACCCUUGUGACCAAGAUCAUCGGCAGACCUUUGCAUACUUCAUCGUAGAUCCCCUGAAAAGACAUGUCGGUGUUCUCUACCAUCGCUUUGGGAGUGGUGUCUUCACAUAACCCCAGCCAGCAUAUGUUCUCCAGCAUUGAACUUUAUGAAAGUGUGAACAGUUUUUGCAGAUUCGUCGUCCAUUUGGAAGCGCAUAGAGAGGUUAUUCAUAAUGUGUUAUGGGCAUACAAGAACUGUCUGUUAUUAUUAUUUCCUAUAUAGAGUUGCUUACAUAGAUGUACACAUUGUCCAUCAUUGGUGGGGGAGUGGUGUCUUAUUACACGCAAUUUGGUUGGAAAAGACCAUUGGCAGACCUUUACAUACUUUGAGAAGACAAGUCAGUGUUCUCCACCAUCUCUUUGGGAGCGGUGUCUUUACAUAACACCCUGCAUAUGAUUGCCUGUAUGGUAUCGUGGCUCAUUCCCUUUUAGCAGAUGCUGACGUGCAUCAACCAUCUUAGUUAACAGAGCGUCCACCUCACAAAGGGAAGUUUGGAAGUUCUAGCCCCUGCCGAGUCAGACCAGAAGAUGUUAAAAGAUGAGAGUUGCUACCUCCCUGUCUGGUGUAAUGAUUCAAGGGAUAGAUAAAAUUUGAUCUGGCAAUGCUCAGCGACUGCUGGGUUCACGAUCAAUUGGGCAAAAUUAAUUUUUUAAGAUUUCUAUUUCUGAUUUCUAUUUCAAACAAUAUAAAUUAUUAUUAUUACCUGUAUGGAUAAUCCAUCAUUGGUUGAAGAGUGGCGUCUUAUCACCCGAAAUUGGAUGGAAAAGACAUUAGAUAGUAGGCCUACUACACAACAAAUUAGAUGCAUCCGAGAAUGAAUCAAAAAGGGUAGGCCAGGCUUCGCGAUCUGAUAUGAAACUUGGAGGCUGUUCUCACUACGUUCCUAAAACUAGUUUACUGGAAACUAGUUUAGUGGAAACUAGUUUAACGCGUAGU